AUUUCUGCGUUCUAUCGCCGUAGACAUCGAAAUCUAUGAUUUAUAAGAUCCUGUUUUGUCUUAGACACGUCGAUGUGGCAAAAGUUGCCGCGAACACAUGGCCAAGCGCGACGAUCAUCGUGUUUCCGAUCACGCGAUAAAUCUGUCUCGUAAUAUCCGUAUGCCUCGAUUAACCGAGCAUAUUAUGCAUUGAUUGCAUUUAAUUGUAAUUUACGACUGCAUUUGAUAAAGACAACAAUCGGACGAAACAUUCAUUGAGAGAAAGUUAAUCCCAUACGAGAACAAAAAGUUACAUAGAAAGAUGCCACAGAACGAAUACAUUGAGAGGCACCGUAAGCUCUACGGUCGCCGUUUGGACUAUGAAGAAAGAAAGAGGAAGAAGGAAGCUCGUGCACCUCACAAACGAGCGGAGCAAGCUCGUACUUUACGUGGUAUAAAGGCCAAGAUCUUCAAUAAGGAGCGACGAAAUGAGAAGAUCCAGAUGAAGAAGAAGAUCAAAGCACAUGAAGAAAAGAGGGUCAAGGAGAAAUCCGACAAGCUGCCGGAAGGAGCGUUACCUGUAUAUCUGCUAGAUCGUAAUGUCACCAAUCGCGCAAAAGUACUGUCCAAUAUGAUAAAGCAAAAGCGUAAAGAGAAGGUUGGCAAAUGGGACGUUCCGAUACCUAAAGUAAGAGCACAAUCGGAGUCUGAAGUUUUCAAAGUACUAAGAAGCGGGAAAACGAAACGAAAAUCGUGGAAGAGAAUGGUAACCAAAGUGACAUUUGUUGGAGAGAACUUUACGAGAAAGCCGCCCAAGUUUGAAAGAUUCAUCAGACCGAUGGCAUUGAGAUUCAAAACUGCACACGUCACUCAUCCGGAAUUAAAGGCAACGUUUUCUCUACCGCUCAUCGGUGUCAAGAAAAAUCCGAGCUCACCUCUUUAUACGAAUUUAGGCGUCAUCACGAAGGGAACUGUUAUCGAAGUCAAUAUCUCGGAAUUGGGUCUUGUAACGCAAUCAGGCAAAGUGGUAUGGGGAAAAUAUGCGCAGGUCACAAAUAAUCCUGAAAAUGAUGGAUGUAUUAAUGCUGUUUUGCUUGUAUAAAGUACACGAUUGUUAUUUAUAAAUUUUUCUUAGGCAUUAUGAUGUAAUUUCUGAAAUAAAAAGAUUUUAAUACAUGUA